AUGUAUGUGCUGUGUUUUUUUGUGUGUUGUGUGUGUAUGUGUGCUUUGAUGGUCCUCACCUCAUAUGAUCAUUAUGACCAGGUGAUGGUUUGGUGGGUAGAUACUCGAACCGACAGCGAGGCCAUCAUCGUGGGGUGCAGUACAGCCAGCUCACCUCGUGAAUCACUCCAGAACAAUACCACAGCAUCUCACUACCUAAUACAUAACUGCAUACAAACGCAAUACAUUUGCAAAUGUUAUGCUAACAACUUUUGUCCGUCUGCAGCAGCCAUGGAAGCGAUUAAAGAGCAGCUGUGGCAAUUAAAUGGUGAGGUUACUGAUGAGAAUGUGAAGCUGGGGGAAGUGGUCAAGGAGCUCCGCAAGAAUCCCGAGGACAAAAUCCUUAUUAGCGAUCGCGAGUUCAGUAGGAUUGUCCAGAUCCGCGCAGAAUUGAAUGCCCGCCGAAAGAACCUAGAGGAGAAAAUGCAAGGUGACAUCUUGAUGUAUCAUGAACCGUGA